CACCGGCAUUGCUUGGAUGGGGACGUUCACGCGCGCUUUCUUAUCGAUUUCCUCGCAAAGUGUAUGACACAGUGUUAUUUUGAUGUUUUUUCACCAAAAACGUGACAAAUAAUACAAUGUCACGUCACUAGACUGUUCAAAGUUUAAGUGUUGUCGUGGUUUCAUUUUAUUUUAAAAUUUAAAUUCAAAUUUUGUGCUUGACUGAAAACAUUGCUGUUAUGUGCGAUGAUAAUGGAAUUGUUAUUGGAAUUAAAAUGAGUGUCUAAAACAAUGCAGAAAACCCGAGGGUAACCGAAACUACGACAAACACGAACGAACGAAAUGUUAAUAAACUGAACGCAUUCAAAACAGAGAGAGAGACACAGCGAGAAAGAGACAGAGCUCAAUCCGAAAAUAGUGCGUUCGAAAAUAGAAAAAAAAAUGGCUCAAUCUCAUUCAGUGAUCGAAGAUACAGCGGCGGGGACGGGCGCCGCGCGCUGGUGGGAAGCACCAUGGAAAACUAUGGCCGACUUAGCAGAAGCAGUGGACGAUCUCAUAUGUAGUUUCGAUUAUAUGGACACUGCCAUGGACAACCUAGUCAUGCUAAUCUUUAUAUGGAUACUAUUCUCCAUCGUCCUGUUAGGCAUCGCAAAAUGGGCGUAUUCCCGAUUCGCGAACAAGGUAGCCGAGGUCGAUACAAAACAAAAAACUACUGUGGAAGAAGUGAAGAAAACAUCGAACGAAAUUAUUAAUAGUGCUGAUAGCGUGCUUGUUACUAGUGCUAAGGUUAAAAGUGCUUCGUUUAAACCUGCUAAGCCCACUGGGUUCGUGCCAGCCACCCCUCCAAACAAGAGAAGGUUAGGUCGCAUGUCCCCUGGGCCCGAACAACUGACGCUGAAGAAACACCAAAGCAUCAUAGUACCUACGUGUACGGGCCCCGACCCGCCGAGUGUGCAAUGGGUGAAUGACCUAUUGACGUGGUUAUAUAAUGAUCUAGUUAUUGUGAAUGAACUGGUGCAGCAAUGGAUUGUGUCCAUGAACGAGUUCUCCAAGAAGUCCGUCGAAGAGCAAGGUAUCGGGGUGGAGCUGGUCCGCGCGCUGGACAGCCAUCCGCCAAAUAUCUCCAACGUCUUCUGCGAGUGCGACUCUAAGGAUGACGUCACUAUCACCUGUGACUGUGAAGCCACGCCCGCCUUUCAGCUGAAGGCUUUCAGCCAGCGAGGCGAGAAAGUGGAAGUGUCACAUUAUAGAGUUAACGUCAACCGGUUCCGCGCUCGUUUGAACGUGGUAUGUGUAACGGACAAGUUGACGGGCGAGUUGAAAUGUGAUGGCUGGCCCGAAGUGAAGGUAGCACUGGCGCCAGUAGGCGCACUCAGGCCUAAUGCCACUGAGAAUGAUCUACAACAGACUAUCAGUGAUAUAGUAGUAGCAGCGCUGCGCAGUACAAACCUUCAGUUCAACCUCGCACACUACCCGACGUGCCCGCGUCUGCGGCGGUAUGUAGAGACGCCUGGACCUCGGCUGCCGUUACAUUAUGAUUCUAUGCUUCAACAAGACCGUCAGAUGUACACGUCGACACCAAACUCGACGGCUGGCAACGUCACCCUGCUGGGAGACAAGAGGCUGCUCGUCAAACUUGUCUGCGCUAAGGACUUAGGAGGUAAAGCGGGUUGCGUGGCACCGUACUGCGUCGUGGAGAUGGAUGAGCCACCGCAGAAGAACCAGACAGCCUUCAAGAAAGACACCAUUAAUCCACAAUGGGAGGAACAUUUCCUAUUUGACCUGUCUCCGCAGACGGCGGAGCUGUUGUUUGAGGUAUACGACCGCACCGGGCCGCCCUCGCCCGGCGGUGGACCUUCACAGCACAGGUUCCUAGGUCUGGGCCUGGUGGGUAUCGACGAGCUUCUAGCGGCUCCCUCCCAGCGCCAGCAGAUCGCGCUGCAGACUCGGCCCAUGGAGGAACAUGACGUCAGCGGGACACUCACUGUUGAGUUCCUGUUCAUCGAGGGAGCAGAUAUCCCGGACCUGGGCUCCCGGCCUGUGAAGAUCAAGGAGAGCCUCCGCACAGUAUCACCGCACGGACACCUGACCACCACCACCAAAACUAUAUUCAAACAGAAUGGCCACGACAACUCACAAUUAACGGAAUCGGCUCUUCGCGAACUAGAGCUGAGCCCGACCAACGCAGCCAACAAGUCCACGCUCAUCAUACACUCUGUGCAAAGGGAACCGAAGAAAUCCAUCAAGCAGGGUGACUACGUGCAGCAGCAGAAUGAGAACGUCCCGCCGGAGCCCGCGCCUCGUAAGCGGAGACGAGACUUCUUCGGAACUAUUAAGAGAAGACUGGGCCGGUCCCGCACUCGCGGUGCGUCUCUAGAUCUCACAGACUCAGAGGUUGAGAACCAGAGUCGCAUACGCAGUAUCAGCGCCGAGAGGAAUGCACAUGAGAAGGCGCUGUCCAUCCCGAAUAGGAACGUUUACUCAGCGGGCGCAUCGCCUGCGCAGUCCGGGGAUGAAUCCCGGACAUCAAGAAGGUCGUCUCUCAGUGAGGUCUCCGGAUUCAGUACAGCGUCAGCCAGGACAUUCAUCCAUGAGGCUUCGACCCUGGUUCUGGAGACAAUAGAAGCUGGUAUCAAGAAGCACUAUUUGGUGCCUCUGACCAUUGCCCAGAGGUCCCGAUGGAGACGGAAGGGUAUCAAGCUUCAUAUCUACAAUGAACAUACUUUCAUCGCCAAGCAUCUUAGUGGUGGCACAGUGUGCGAAGUAUGCACGAAGACUAUAGCGCGGCGGCUCGGCAAGCAAGGCUACGAGUGCCGCGACUGUACGCUCAAGUGCCACAAGCAUUGCCACGUCAAGGUUGCCACCAACUGCCCCCGGUCCACCGUGCACAAUAUGGAGCUAUCCAUGCUCCCAGUGUUAACUGAAUAAACAAGUAAAGCAAGAAGACUGCAAGAAAAAAAUAAAAAAAAUACAAAAAAAAAAUAUAUGUAUUACGACAAGCAAUUCUCACUCAGGACAUACAUCGCAUCUCCGUACGCAGAUAAAAAUAUAAGAAUGUUGUGAUUUCUAUUGAGAGUCAAAUAGCUUGCGAAGUGCACAAAGCAUCGAUUUCAAACAAAUCUACUUAAAUUAUUAUAACAUAAGUACAACACAUAUGUACCCAGCUGAAAUAUAUACGAUAUAGGCUUUUUUACAUAUAUUUAUAUGAAAAAAUGAAGUUUAAAAUUAGUGUUUAAGUGGAAAUUAGGAUUUUUCAGCGUCGCUGACUUUUUAAAAAUCUUGAUAAUGUACCCGCUUGUCACUGUUGGAAGGAGUUUUAUUCAGAUGAUAUUGUAUUACUGUUGUAUGAACUAUGACGUAAGGAUAUAUUGAUAGCUGUAACCAAGUCUUGUUCGUUACGCCGCUACCGUCUGAGCAAAUCAAAUUCCCUCGGCGCUAAUUGUUAGAAUUAGUUUAGGUAUCGCUAGAGCCCACCAUCAAAGCCAAUUUCGAAAAAUAUUAGAUUUCAUUACCACAUAAAAUACUUUUAUAAACGAUUAAAUUUUAAAAAUGUCAGCCAAACGAUUUUAAGAAUUUUUACACAAAAUUUUCUACCUCAUUUCUUCAAAGUUACGACAAUAUUAAAUCAAUUUUAUAGUUACCAUUAUUUCUUUAUUAUUAUUAUUUUUGUUGUUGACAACACUUAAUGUUUUAUUGUAAAAAAAUGAAAUUGUAUAACUCGAAAUAUUUAUUUUUAAGUUUUAAUACUUAAUUGUGCUUUUUCGCACAAAAAUGUGAUCUGUAAUCGUCGAAUGUGCAAUAAGUCUAAUAUUUAAUAGUCUUAAUAUACACGCGCUUUGAGCUUUCAAAUUUAUACCUUACUAUCUUAGGAAUUAAUAUUUGGCCAUAACUUCACAGUGACCACCUAGUAGACUUUUGAAAUUGUAACUGGGCAUUGAAAAACCAACAUUUUUAAGCAGUAAAAAGACAAAACUAAAAAAAAUCGACUAAGCUGAAAGCCGGAAUCGAAUAAUCGAUACUCAAUUUUAUACUGUUACAGUAAUUUUAUCCGCUGUCACGAUUGAUGCAAUUUGGACAAUCCUCAGUAUAAUAUAGAAUUUUCUCGUAUGUAAGUAUGCGUAUUGUUGAUUUUUUGUUCAUUAGAGUGACUGACUGUAAAAGUAUCUUGCUACAAAUAUUUUGUGCCUUAGUUUCCCUCCUACCCGUAUAAGGCAUAAACUAAGUCUUAAGGCCUAGAUAAUAUGGUACUAAAUACAGACUGCGUUAAUCUAUCAAAUCGCUAGAGAUUUUUAGUCGAUUAUAUUGCCAGGAUGUGCCUAAUUUUUUGAAAAAAUCGACUAAAUUUUUGUUUUAACUAGUCGAAUAGUGUAUUGUUCUGUCCAGUACAUAAUAUUUGUAGCACAAGUUGUUUUUUAAGUUACAAAAAGAAAUGUUCUUAAUAAAUAAUUAAAUCAUGACAAACUAUAAGUGUAUCUUAUAUACUAAGUGUUAACACAUAA